GGAUUCCUUCAGCCCAAGCUGACACUCUCAGUGUUGAGCCAGGCAGGAGUCGCACUCAGCGAUCGCUCAGUAACGCUGUAACAGCCACAAGGUGCGCUGGGACUAUCUGCGCUGCGCUUAUUCCCUGCUGUGCAGAUUUGAGCCACCUGCGAGGCAUCACUAAAAAUAUCAACAAAUGGGAUUUCUUCUCCCCCUGACAAUGAGCACCUGAGCCCCCUGGACCGGACUUACCCCCAACAAAUUCAUUGGCAUUGCCUUUCUGUGCCCCUGCUGUGCUGCCAGUCUGGAUUGUGAACUAAUCGCAGGGAUUGCCAUUGAGAGGACAAACAGAAGAGAACAAAAAAAAACCUGGUCGCAAGAGCUUGCAAUUGAUGGGAUGUGUUCCGGUGUUCCAGAUCAUCAGUGAGGUUCCUCCGCGACCCAUUGGUACCUAGUGGGAGUACUGCCGACCCCCCAGCAGCAGGAUGACCCCUGAGUACUUCUUGAGGUCUCUGUUGAUGAUGAUUUUAGCUGUGUUCUCCGCUAAUGCUAGCAACUGGCUAUACCUGGCAAAACUGUCUUCGGUGGGCAGCAUAUCUGAGGAAGAGACGUGUGAAAAGCUAAAGGGAUUAAUUCAGCGUCAGGUGCAAAUGUGCAAGAGGAACCUUGAGGUGAUGGAUUCGGUCCGACGAGGUGCUCAGUUGGCCAUAGAGGAAUGUCAGUAUCAGUUUAGGAACCGGCGGUGGAACUGCUCAACCCUGGAUACGCUACCGGUAUUUGGGAAAGUGGUGACACAAGGAACAAGGGAGGCAGCGUUUGUGUAUGCCAUAUCUUCCGCUGGUGUUGCCUUUGCAGUUACAAGAGCUUGCAGUAGUGGUGAUCUGGAGAAAUGUGGCUGUGAUAGGACUGUGCAUGGCGUCAGCCCUCAAGGGUUCCAGUGGUCUGGCUGCUCAGAUAACAUUGCAUACGGAGUCGCUUUCUCCCAGUCAUUUGUGGAUGUCAGAGAGAGAAGUAAAGGAGGCUCCUCUAGUCGUGCUCUAAUGAACCUCCAUAAUAAUGAAGCUGGCCGCAAGGCCAUUUUGAACAAUAUGAGAGUGGAAUGCAAGUGUCAUGGUGUCUCGGGAUCCUGUGAAGUAAAGACGUGCUGGAAAGCAAUGCCUACUUUUCGCAAAGUUGGAAAUGUCCUCAAGGAGAAAUUUGAUGGGGCUACGGAAGCAGAGCAGAAAAAAAUUGGUUCUACAAAAGUGCUGGUUCCUAAAAAUUCUCAGUUUAAACCCCACACAGAUGAAGACCUUGUCUAUUUAGAUUCCAGCCCAGAUUUCUGUGAUCAUGAUCUAAAGAACGGUGUCUUAGGUACAACUGGUCGACAGUGUAACAAGACUUCCAAAGCUAUAGAUGGCUGUGAGCUUAUGUGCUGUGGAAGAGGAUUUCACACAGAAGAGGUUGAGAUAGUAGAGAGGUGUAGUUGUAAAUUCCACUGGUGCUGCUUUGUCAAAUGUAAACAGUGCCAUAAAGUGGUAGAAAUGCACACAUGCCGGUGAUCCCAGCAGGCGGAGGAACUUAUUUCUGCUUUAUGGACAUUGUGUCUCUCUACAGAGCACCAGACUCAUUCCUUCUACUAGGCCUAGUGAAACUUCAAUAAUUGCAAAAUCCUAAAGAGGGACAAUUUUUUGUUGUAUAUAUAUAUAUAAAUAUAUGUGUGUGUGUCUUUGUUUUUUAUUUAUUGCUGGCAAACAUUGAUAAUGUGGGUCAGUAUUUCCCAUCAACAAAUGGUGGAUUUUUUUUUACUUGUUGCUGCUUUUACAAGGACUGAGAACUGAACCAUAAAACUUCUGAAGGAUUGGAACUUGGUUAUUAUGCAAGAAGAAAAUGGACAAAAUAUGGACUGAUAAAUGAUGACCCACUAUCCAGUUUCUUAUUCCAGUGACAUUUAACUAACUUCCACCAAAAAUGACCAAAUUAACUAAUGGAAAAAACUUCAUUUUAUUUUUAAAUGAAAACAAAACAUGGUAGCCUAGGCAUUUUAUAUCUAUAUCAAUGUAUAUAUAAAAAAUAUAUAUAUAUUCA